AUGUCCACUCCACCUGCCGCCGUCAACAAGGAUCAGUACGCCCAGACUGAGGCCAUGAAUCAAGCUCAGCCAAGCAUUUCUGGCGGCUCGGCGUUGGAAUCGCAGACCGCAGAUGAGAAGCCGAAACGCACCUUCUUGGGAAUGAGAGGAGGCGGACUGAUUCUCGAUCUCUGCGCCUGCUUCAUCUGUUGCGAGUGCAUGGAAGGUUGCUGUCACGCGGUGGAUGAUUGCUGUUGCUGCUAG